CGACUAGCGGACGCGGACGGUUCCCGGAAAAAAAUAGUUUAGCUUUGAAAAAAGAUAAUUUUGUGGUAGUAAAAAUGCCGAAAAAGCCACCGCAAAACGCAUACUACUUUUUCAUGCAACAUUUUAGAGAAGAGCAGCGGAAGAAAGGCGUCAACUAUGGAAACCUACAAGAAGUCGCAAAAGCUGCGGACCCGUUUUGGAGGGAAGCGCCUCCCCCUGUCCGAGCCAAGUUCGAAACCAUGGCGAAGCAGGCCAAACAAAAGAACAACGUUCCGGAAAAGAAGUACACAUCCACCGGCAUUUCGUUGGCUGAGAUAGACCAGAUUGAGAUGGAGGCGCAAAAGGCCGAAGAAGAUGAAGUUCGUGACAUCAAGAGUUUCGUCAAGCUGAACUCUUUUAGCUCUAAUGAAGAGCUGAUCCACGCUGACAUAUACCUGAUUGAUGUCAACUUUUACUGUCAGGCUGGGACCGAAUAUAUUAUCGGAGAGAGCACGGUCCUCCGAUUCAACGUAAUAGAUGGCAUUAAGGACAAUUAUCAUGAAAUUAUUAAUCCAGACCGCAUCCCACCCGGCUACAUCAGCGACAUUAAAAUCGGCUGUGAAGAAUAUGGACUAGACAUGCCCGACAGUUCGGUCCGGCCCUCGAACUACCUUAAAAUCCUAGCGAACACUAUUGACUACCUGAAGCAACAGAUUCGAGGUAGUAAGGGGAAGAAUACCUUACCGCCUGUGUACACUAUGCCGGAUAAGGUUGAGCCGGUGACCAACUAUAUACAGCAGAUGUGCAGCCGAGCUUCCGAAGACGAACGUAUCUUCCGCGUGUACAAGCUCGACACCCUCUUCUUCUACAUGAUAAACGCGCUCAAGUCUCAGCAUGACGAAGGCUUCCCCAAGCAAUCUCUGGCCCUCACACAGCUGAAGAAAGAUCAGUUCAAGUACAACCCUGGACUAGGGUGCGAGUCUCACGAGGAAAAGGACAAGACUGUGGAUUGCACGCUGUCCCGCACGCAGCGCUGGGCGUACACCAUCCUGGACAGCAUCUGCCCCGUGGCCGGCAUCGAGGCGCUGCCCGGCUGCCACGUGCCCCGGGAGUUCCACGUGGAUAGCAUCCUCAUCUUUAAGGAACAGAGGAAGGACCGCGUUGGGCCGUCCGUAGCUGGAAGCAGCACCGCGAUGCUAUCAUUCAACAGUUCGUUGAGUGAAUCAUUCAGCGAGUCCACUCUAGUCAACAAAUCUGAUAGCAGCAACCGCAAGAAGACACAGGCGCCUAUGCCUAUGCGCAUGCCGAAGACCGAUUAUUCGCAAGCGCUCCGUCCUGCCCCCGAGCUGACGGAAAGCGACCUGCUCCCCACCAGCUUCGCGCAGGCCACCAUCACCGGCAGAGGUAUGUUACCACACUGUGUGCCCCGUUAUGUUUAG